GAGGGGUAUUCUUCCUUAUUCCGGCCAAGCGAAGGUCCUCUCUCUUAUAGAUAUAGAAGCCGGGACUGCCCCUCAGCCUAUCUCUCACACAGCAAGCCCUACAAACUCCUUUUUUUGGUUUCUUUGUGUCCCCGUCCAGGAUGAAGUAUCAGUUUUCAUACUUAGAGGAGCCCAAUGCCUACGACGACCGUGGGUUGGCGAACGGGAUCCCCUUGCGCGUGCACCGGGAUGGGUACCGAGAGACCAAAGGCGCGCUGCGGGCUCAGGCCGACUGGAACCGGCUCGUCGGGCCCAUUGACCGCUACCACGGCGGACUGGGCCCCCGGUACAGCUUCAUGCAGGUGACCGUCCCCGAGUGUCUGCCGGAGCGUCUCGAGGUCAUCUCCUAUGCGAAUGAGUUCGCUUUCCUCUACGAUGAUGAAAUGGAGAAGCUGAUCGACCAUGACCGCGAUCCUACCCGAUCGAAUGAGAUGGUCGAUUCAUUUGGUGUCGACCAAAGAGAGCAGCCAUCCCCAUCCUCCGCAACAGCAUCCUCCUCCUCCUCCACCACAACCACAGAAACAACAGCCUCGCGAGCGAACGCGCUGCAGGCGCAAGUCUUCCAGGAGAUGCUCACCAUCGACAAGCCGCGGGCCGUCACCUCCAUGAAGGCGUGGUCGACCUUCCUCCAGCUGGCGUCGCGCAGUCGCGUCCGUCCCGCCCAAACGCUGGCCGAGUACUUACCCAUGCGGAUUAUCGAUGCAGGGGAGCUGAUCUGGUUCGGCACGUUGACCUUCGGGAUGGGGCUAACGAUCCCGGACGAGGAGCUGGAGGUCUGCAUGAAGCUGGCCCGGCCGGGAUACGCGGCGAUCAGCCUGACCAACGAUCUCUUUUCGUGGAAGAAGGAGCGGGCGGACGCCGAGCUGGCGGGCGUGGAUUAUGUCUUCAACGCCGUGUGGGUCAUCAUGCAGGAGGGCGACGCCCAUGGGAAUCGCCGGUCCGAGGCGGCCGCCCUGGCGGUGUGUGAGGCCGAGAUCCGGCGCUACAUCGCCGAGUUUGAUGGGAUCGUCGGGGCGGCGCGCCGCCAGUUGCAUCUGUCGCGCGACACGCUGGCAUACCUGGAGGCGGUGCGUCACAGUCACGUGGGGAAUUUGGUCUGGAGUAUCUACUGUCCGCGGUACCAGGUAUAGAUCAAAUUGGGGAUGGGGAUAGUCAUAUAUCCGAGUGAAUGUUAUCAAAUUGUGAUGUGGAAUGUUAAUAUUGGAUGUCGGAAAGGGGAGGGGGAGGUGAAAGCUUGAGCGAACAAAGAAU